AAACUAACCCAUGCGUUGCUCCCUUCCUCAUCGUUGCCAAUUGUGGAGUUCCGACACAGCAUCGUCAUCUUCCGCGAACACUGCCGACAAUAACCAUGUCCCCACUGCAAACCCAACAUCAAUGCAACAUCAUUUUACCGUAACGUAACGUAACCACGAGAUGCCUCUAUUCUAGCACUUGGAACCCCAAAUCCAGUGCCAAUUCCUCCGCUCCUUUUCGCAGACGAAGGCACAUUCUGAUGUUCACAAGAUUGGAAGGCAAGACUAAAGAUUCCACCACCUGAUACAAGCUAGAAAACAGAGGUUUGAAAUGGCUGUGUCACUGUGGAGAAGUCGCACUGCUUCAUCAGCACUGAACUUGUUCAACAAUACUCUUCGCCGUUUCUCUUCCGAGGCAACAAACUCCAGUCCUCAUAGUACACGAGAGAGUAUGAUGUAUUCUGACAUAAACUCACGAAUUGGGAGUUGCAUGCCACUGUCUGCAAUGCGCAUUGGAACAAUCAUUCACAACAUUGAGUUGAACCCAGGGCAAGGUGGCAAGCUCGUCCGAGCUGCUGGAACUAGUGCAAAGAUCUUGAAAGAGCCCACAUCGGCAUACUGUUUAAUCCAACUGCCCUCGGGUGUUAAAAAGUUGAUUGAUUCUCGAUGUAGGGCCACUGUUGGUGUUGUAUCUAAUCCAAGCCAUGGGGAUCGCAAACUUAGGAAGGCCGGACACAGCCGAUGGCUUGGUCGAAGACCAGUUGUCCGAGGAGUGGCAAUGAAUCCAGUAGAUCAUCCUCAUGGUGGAGGAGAGGGUAAGAGCAAGAGUGGUGGACGAUUUGGGCGAGGAUCUCUCACUCCUUGGGGCAAGCCAACUAAGAGUGGCUACAAGACUGGACCCCUGAAGCGCAAAAGGUAGUAGGAUACCAUAUUCAUUAUAGCUGUUUCUGAUGUUUCCUUAUGAGAUGCUUGUAAGUUGUAAUAAUUGUGGAAACUGUCAUUCCUAUUUAGGAAAUUCAUUGAACUGAUUAGGUUCACAGCCAAUUUGUGGAUUUUAUGGGUUCAAAUUUUAUUGUUGUUAAAGUAAAAUGUUUUUGAAAUGAUCACAUUUUCCUCUGAACUGGACUUGCAUUCAGCUUAUUAUACACCUCCAUUGUUCACACUUCACACUAGAUGAAGUUUGCUAGACUGGCUAUUAUGCGUUUAUGAA